ACAGAUGACAGUAAUGAAUAUGGAAUCGUAGUAGUUUUCUUUCGUUAAUUCGUUACUCCAAUAAAGUGCUUGCUUAGUAAACAAUAUAUUAGUUUUAUGUAAAAUAUUGUUUUGGUAAACAUAUAAAGUUUUAAUAUGAGUUCUAAAAAGAGUAGGCGCCAUACAGGCAAUAAGCAUUUUCCUAUAGCUGAGUCUGUGAGUAUUGCACUGAAGAUUCAGUUGGAUAAGUUUUUAAGUGAUGAAAACGAGACUGAACUUAAGUUCCCGACGUUCCUGUCGGCUCAAGAACGUGGAUUCAUCCACGAGACAGUUGCUAAACUCGGACUGAAGUCGAAAUCGCGCGGGAAAGGGGUUAACAGAUACAUAACUAUAUACAAAAGGAUUGGGUCAACUAUCAUUCAGAAUGAUGCCAAACUCAUUCUGGAUUCGAACAUGCGCUGCAGUAUUGCAGAGCUCUGCAAUGCUUUCCCCAUCACUAGCAAAGAGAAGGAUGACCUCAGCAGUUGUCCAGAAAAGGAAAGGAGUCCACAACUCACACAUAAAUCUAUGGGGCAGCUGAAUAAUGGAGUUGCACAGGUACCAAACACACAGUACAAUCCAGAUCUGCUGAAGUUCAGAGAGAAGUUACCCGUUUAUGAACAGCGACAGGACCUCAUCAAUGCCGUGUUACACAAUCAGGUGAUAAUAGUGGCGGGCGCGACGGGGUGCGGCAAGACGACGCAGCUGCCGCAGCUGGUGCUGGACUACUGCCAGGAGCACAAGCAGCCCGCCAGGAUGUACUGCACGCAGCCGCGCAGGAUCUCCGCUGUGGCCGUGGCCGAGAGGGUUGCUUACGAGCGCAUGGAGAAGAUAGGCCAGUCCAUCGGCUACCAGAUCAGGCUGGAGUCCCGCGUCAGUCCCCGCACAGUGCUCACGUACUGCACCAACGGAGUGCUGCUCAGGACGCUCAUGGCCGGAGACACGUCCCUCACAGGUGUGACCCAUAUAUUUGUGGACGAGGUUCACGAGAGGGACAAGUUCAGCGACUUCCUGUUGAUCGCGCUCCGGGACGCUCUGCCGCGCUUUAAGGAACUCAAACUAGUUCUCAUGUCGGCCACUAUGGACACGCAAAUAUUCUCCAGGUACUUCAACAACUGCCCCGUGAUCACGAUCCCGGGCCGCCUGCACGAGGUCCAGCGCUACUACCUGGAGGAUGUGCUGAAGAUCACGCAGUACCGCACCAGCAAGAUGGCGCAGGUCGAGAAGGAACUCAAGAACAAGCUCAAGAGCGGGCACAGCUACUGGUCGCAUCUAGAAAGUCAGAAACAAGAUGAUGCGGGAAACAGCAGUAAGGAAGUCAAAGAGGAGAAGGAAAUUGUGAUCGACCCGGCGCUGCAGGCCGACAUGGAUGAGUUUUUAGACGAGUGCUUUAACGAAGGCAGUCUGGACUCGUUCACCCAGAUCCUGUACAUGUACAUGUCGGAGGGCGUCCCUGUGGGCCUGCAACACGCGCGCAGCGGCCGCAGCGGGCUCAUGGCGGCCGCCGCGCGCGGCCUGCCCGAGACUGUCGCGCAGAUGCUGCAGAUCGGUGCGGAUCCAUCAACAAAAGACAACGACGGCAAAACAGCAUACGAUUACGCUGUAGAGAACAACCACACUGAGUGUGCUAAACUACUGUCAACCUUCAACUUCACAGAAGAGACCAAGGAGAACUCAGAGGAAGACGCAGCAGUAGAAAACUUCCUUCUAGAUGUAUACCAUCAUACGUUCUCCGAAGAACUGAUAGACCAUGAUCUCAUGCUAGCCUUGAUCAAACACAUACACAUAAACUUACCCAAAGGCAGCAUCCUCAUCUUCCUACCAGGAUACGAUGAUAUAGUAACUCUCAGAGACAUGAUCCAAUCCUGCACAGACAUGAACGUCUUAAAAUACCAGAUAUUCACGCUACACAGCAAUAUGCAGACGUUGGACCAGAAGAAAGUGUUCAAUCCGCUGCCUAACGCAAGGAAGAUUAUAAUAUCGACAAAUAUAGCCGAGACGUCGAUAACUAUAGAUGAUGUGGUGUAUGUGGUGGACUCGUGUAAGGUGAAGGAGAAGUACUACGAGUGUAACGGCGGCGUGUGCUCGCUGCAGUGCGUGUGGAGCUCGCGGGCGUGUUGCCAGCAGCGGGCCGGCCGCGCGGGCCGCACCAAGCCCGGACACAGCUUCCACAUGUGCUCCAAGCGACGGUUUAACACUCUACCACUUAACUCAGUACCAGAAAUCUUGCGAGUACCUCUCCAAGAGCUGUGCCUCCAUACUAAACUCCUCGCUCCAGGCAAUACCCCAAUCGCUGACUUCCUUUCCAAAGCUCUAGAGCCCCCGUCUUUCCUAGCUGUUCGUAAUGCAGUCACGUUACUCAAAACAAUCGGCGCGCUAACCCCCAUGGAGGAUUUAACCGAAAUCGGACAACAUCUCCUAGACCUAACUGUUGAACCAAAGUUAGGAAAAAUGCUGUUGUAUGCAUGCGUGAUGAAGUGCCUCGAUCCUAUCCUGACGAUUGUCUGUAGCUUAGCUAAUAAGGAACCCUUCCAAAUAUCCAUGAACCCUGAGAAUAGGAAGCGAGGAAGUUCUGCCAGAAAGGAGUUUGCAGCUGAUAGUUAUUCUGAUCAUAUGGCGCUGUUAAGGGCUUUCCAGGCGUGGCAGACGGCCAGGGCUAAUGGUACAGAGCGCGCAUUCUGUGCUAAGAAUCUAAUAUGUGGUGCUACAAUGGAAAUGAUAGUAGGUUAUAGGUCCCAGUUGCUCGCUCAGCUACGAGCGCUAUGUCUCGUCAAAGCUCGAGGAUCUGGGGAUAUCAAGGAUGUUAACCUUAAUUCAGAGAAGUGGCACGUCGUGAAAGCGGUGCUUGUAAGCGGGCUGUACCCUUCAAUAGCCCGUGUCGACCGAGAUUCUAGUUCGUUAAGAACAUCAAAGGAAGUGAAGGUUGCCUUCCACCCGAGCUCGACACUACACCAGGGCGGAGGACUGACCGGCUCACAGAAAUCUGUACAGAACUUACCCACAGACUGGGUGGUCUUCGAAGAGAUAUCGAGAGCGGGAAGGUUUUGCUUCAUACGGUGCAACACAUUAGUUACCCCUUUGACUGUAGCCUUAUUCGGGGGACCGUUGAGAUUGCCGAUAGGAGCUUUAACUCAACGCGCCAACCCGCCCGGACUGUCCAGCGACUCCGACAGUGAAGCUGAUGAGAACAAUUCAUCUCCCGAUACAGCGGUACUAACGCUGGACGACUGGAUGGCCUUCACAGCUGACGCCUCAGACGCCAUCAGCGUGUUCUAUUUAAGACAAAAGCUAUGCGCGUUAGUUAUACGUCGCAUGUCGAACCCCGCUAAACCAAUGUCGCCUUUAGACGAACAGAUCCUUAGCACUGUAGUCCACGUAAUAGGUGCUGAAGAGAAGAACGUAGGCUUGAACCAGCCAAUAGGAAUCGGGCAGCGACCCAAACCGUUAACAGUUGACUCUCCGAACUGGCGCUCUCGACUUGAAAACGACGAGCAGUACCGUCACGAUAACAAGUACUACCAGCAGCAGUUCAAUCAGAACGAAUUUCCCGGUGGGAACUUCUAUAACAACGCUUAUGGGUACAGGAAUGGUCAAGGUCGACCUGGAUGGAGGAACGAUGCUCCUCAAGGGUUUUCUCCGCAGUCAUACAGCGGGCCUAAGAGCCCGAUGUCGCCGAACGGCAAGACCUUAUUAGCUAACAUUGAGAAGUAUUCGACGGAGGGUGGGGAGGGCAAUGUUAGGUACUUCGUGGCGAAGGCUGAUGACCUUCAUACUGUGGAGGUGGCGCAGAAUACUGGCAGCUUCCCCUUCACGCAGAGCACUGCUAAGAAACUGCAGAAGGUUAAACAGGAGGGUAGUCGCGUGGUGGUAUUCUUCUCGUGCGCGAGCGCGUUCAAGUUCGUGGGCUGCGCCGCGCUGAUGGACGGCGGCGGCCUGGACUGGCUCUCCACGCAACACGUGCCCUUCCAUAUGUUGCGCCACGUAAGCAACUCCCUAGCGGGCGGGGCGCGGGCCUCCAGCGCGCGCGACGGCGCGGAACUGUGCGCGCCCGCCGCCCGCGCGCUGCUGGCCGCGCAGCCGCGGCGCAGGCAACACCAACACCAGCAGCAACACCAGCAACAACACCAGCAACAACACCAGCAGCAACACCAACAGCAUCAGCAGCAGCCGCACCAACAUCAGCAGCACCCCCGCGCCAUACAGAAGCACGCCACUGAUCUGUGAAGACAACAUUGCAAUACUCGGGCGUAAUCACCUCAUGACUGUUCAAGGUAAACAAUUGACUAGGAUAUCACGUCGUGACAAAAUAAUUAACUUUUACAAACGCGAUAGUAGAAGGGAUUGGAAACGCAAGAUCUAUUGUCUUGCAGACUAAAAGAUCUGCAAAACAAGGUUUCCAACAUGAAAAUGUAGAUAAUGAUGUCACAGUUACAACGAGCCUAACAUUGAAUUGUUUAGCAUUUUUUUCUUAGAUACUCUAAUUUUCAAAAGAUUAAUACAAUCGUACUUUAAUGUACGUACUUACCUUAUUUCUUUCAUUGAUAACUCAAAGCUUAACUAUAUCAUUAGUUUACAAACUAACAUUUAUUUCUUCUCUUAAUAAUACGAAACAAAGGCGAGGAGAUAACAAUUCCUCGUUACAUCUCAAAGCUUUAUAUUGGUGGAACCACACAUUUGGGAUCUGCGACCUACGACAAAAUAUAUGUUUUAUAAUUGUCAUGUUGUCAUUCGGUUGGCUUGUAUAAGCGCGCCUUUAAAGUCAAAAGCCUUAUCCAUAUGUGUAAGAUUGAAAUGGUUUGGUGAGACUUGACAAAUGUGUGGUUUCAACUCUAUAUAAUGGUUUUUAUGACGUAAGCGUUUUGCUUUCAUCGAGAUAAUUUUAAUUGUAUGUGGUUUUUCGUAUUAACAUAUUUUAGAAUAACUCUCAACAUCCAUAACCAGUAAGGGCCUUCUCACACUUAUCAGCUUAUGCCAGUAGAUAAUACUAAUUAUUAUUUUGUAUGAAAAAGCGCACGGAUCCUUUCCGCUAUACGCCUCUUCAUACAAAAUCGUUGUUUUCUAUACACUGAAGAAUGAAUAAGUUUGCUAGAGCUGAAUAAAUGUGAAAAGUCCCUUAUACUACGCUUACGACUAUGCAAGACUGCUUUUGUUGUGCAAGUGGGACGCCGCUACUCACUAUAGCGCCAUCUCCCUUCCGCAUCGGAACAGUAUUGCUUUCAAGGAAGGUAUAAGUUCCGAAUUGACAAUGCAAGGAACCCUUUGAUAAAGAUUUUAUUAUACAUCCCUGAGAAAUAAUAAAUGCAUUUUUUGUUGUAAGUAAGUACCACACGUUUGGUUUCGAAGCCAGUAUUAUAGACCAGUAGGAUAUAGACUAGGACCAAUGAUUUUGUCUACACGCAAUUCAACGUUUUUUAAUAUUAGAAAAAAUAAUACAGAGCUUUUAAAACACGCUUUAAAUAAUUUUAUUCUAGCAGAUUCACGCGAAAUACUAACAUUUUCAUGAUAAUAAACACUUUUAUAAUAUAACGCAAUUAAUAAAAACGUUCUACAUCGUGAACGUUCGGAAAUGUUCGGUUUCAUUCGCUCAUUAAC